AUGAAGUAUUUUAAAAGGCUGUUGCAACAGAGGAAAAUUUUAUAGUUGCUGCUACUUAUAAGUUAAACGACUUUCCUGAGUGAAGAAGUGUAUUGUGAUGGUGUUUUGGAUGUUAGCCCCUCAGCAAACCCCGAUGGCAGGAAAUCAGAUCACUUCUUUUAUUUUCAUCAGCUGUGUGUUGCUACAUACUCAGUCAGCUGAUGAUAUCUACUUUGCUGUGAUGCCUCAGACAGUAACAGCUCUGACAGGCUCUUGUGUGCAGAUUCCUUGCACAUUCAACGUCUCCGAUUUUGAGGACAAACAUAAGAGGGCAAAAUCUAUUUAUGGGAUCUGGUUAAAGAAAAAAUCACAAUUUAAUGACCCAGACAGUUUUAUAGCUUUUAAUAGCAGUAAAAACAUCAUUAGAGGAUUCAGUGACAUACAGAUGACUGGAAAUCUCAGUGAGAAGAACUGCACCACUGUCUUCUAUAACAUCAUGAUGAAUCAUUCAGACCGCUACUACUUCAGACUGGAAAUGGAGCCAAAUGUGUUUAAAGGAACAUUUAACCCCAAUACAGCUAAUUCACUCCAGACUGUGAACAUCACUGUCAGAGAUUCACCACAACUUGAACUUAAACUCAGUAAUCAAAGGUAUGUGAAGGAGGGAACUCCAGUCAAUCUGAGCUGCUCUGCUGAAGUCCCCUGCCCCAAACAGCCUCCGAAAAUAUCCUGGUCUAACAUCCCUGAAUCUGCUCGCACUACAAAACACUUACAGGAGAAACCUGAUAAAACCCUGUUAGUGUUUUCAUACGUGACCUUCGAAGCUUCAUACAAUGAUCACAAAAGGAACAUCUCCUGCACUGCUACAUAUCCAAGAAAUACACCUAAUGACUCAACUGUGGAGGAUAUGGUAAUGCUACAAGUCCUGUUUCCUCCAAAAGAAACUCACGUCACCAUUACUCCAUCUGCUGGCACUAAUGUGACUUUGACCUGCAAAAGCAAAGCCAGUCCAUCAAAUAACUUGAGCUACACCUGGUACAAACAUGGACAAGAGACGCCUAUAGCUUGGGGAAAAAAGAUUCAUUUAACCAGAGCUCAUUAUCAAACAGGAUCAUACUUCUGCAUUGCACAAAAUAUACAUGGAAAUCAGUCAUCAGAAAUGGUUCAACUCACAGAGGAAGGACAGAGAAAAUCCUCUCAUCUGGUGAUAUAUGGCUCUAUAGGAGGACUUUUGGCUUUUGUCCUGUUGUCUGCAAUAUUUUUUUACUGUAGGAGAUCAAAGGCUUCAAGACAGGCCCAUGUCACAGAAAAAGAUCAGGCUGAGGAUAAAAACAGAGAUGAGAUGACUGUCUAUGCUAACAAUGCCAUUGUGAUCAGCAAGAAUGGUGAAAAGAAAGAAACUGAUGAUCUCCACUAUGGUGAAAUUGACUUCUCCAAUCUCCAGACAGGCAACAAGACAAGGGAACACUCAAACAAUGGCCCAGAAACAGAAUAUGCUGAGCUUCAAGUGACAGAGAGACAGAGACAAAUCAACAGUGUUCAGGAAAUAGAACUUUAUGCUCAGGUCCAGAAAAAGUGAUUUUUGCUCAUGUUAAAUCUUGCUUUUGUGCAGCGCUUAGUGAGUCUUGUCAACCACAGACAGUUGCUAGAUUUUUACAAAUCCAAUAAUAACAUCCUUGACAAAUGAUGUAACUUAAAUAAUAAUUGAAAUAAUACUCUAGACGGAAUAUAAUUUAAAUAAUAUUAACUCUUGCUCUUACAGCUCUCUUAAAUAUAUUGAUAGUCUAUAUGCUGGUUACUUGUAUGAUAUAAGAUAUAAAUAUUUAUAUAAAUAACAAAUUAAAGGGUAGGUGGAGAAGUUUGUGGUUUCAUGUUCUCAUUACAGUGUGCAUAUCAUUAAUAAAAAAAAUAAUUAAUUUGCUUUUAAACGUACAAGCAAAUAGUCAGCAAUAAAGAGGAACAAAUAAACACAUUACACACAAUGAAGAAUGUCUUCAGGAUUUUCUAAAUGUAUCUUAUGAUGGUAACUUAAAUGUAUAACUUUUUUAAAGUUGUUUUAGUAUGAUGUAAAUUUAGACUUUCUUCUGUUGCAUCAUCUAGGAAAUUUGCGCCACAAAAAUAAGCACAUGAGUGGUGAGCAUGAUACAUUUAAUCAUCAUAAAGCUAUAUAUACUAAUUUGUCUCCUACUCAGGCUUCAAAUUAUAGAGCAUCAUUCUGGAACAUGAAUAACUCUCAUGUGAAAUGGUUUGGUCUAGAAUACAUAGAGUAUAUAGAUAAAGCUACAUACAAAAACAAUUUUAGCCUUUAUUGGGAACUGUUUAAAUUUGAGUUGAGAAAAUUACUUGGAAGCUAUGGUUGUGAAUAAGCUAAAAAGUAGAGAUCUGAGGAAAAUUGUCAUUUCGAAAUUAACCUUUCUUUCUUAAAAACCCUUAGAAGCAUUAUUUUUCUUGACAUUUGGCAUCCUAUAUGUCUUCUUAACAAUGAUUGUAACAUUUUUAUAAAAGUUUUUCUCAGGUUGAGCCACAUCUCAAUGUGUUUGAAAUAGCUGUUGGUAAAUUAUCCCUUACCACAAGGUCAAAUAGCAAGUGUUCGUACUCUGUUCCAGCAUGAGUCUCUUGCUCUAAUGCUGUCUUUUAUUGGACUUUACCUCAGAAAUUGUUUAUGUACAAUAAAAUCAAAGAGGUGUCUUAUAAAAUGAAACACUGAUGCUAUCCUACAAGUGUUUUCUACAAAGGUUUAUUUCUGAUGACUUUAACGUUAAUUGCUCCUUCUGAAUAUUUGUCUCAUCCUUUUUGGUAUUGUGAGUAUACAAAGAAUCUCUGUAAAAACAUAUUGAGUGUUUUUGUGGUAUAAUUCCUAAAAUCUCUUUGAAAUAUGAAAAUGGUUAUUGAGAGUGAACAUUUUUUUUCAACUUUAUUUUGUUCCUGGCUAAAUAUUUUAUAUAUAAAUGUACAUCUUGUAAGCGUAAGCCUUUGUUCAGCAUUUUUCUUAAAGACUUAAAGCUCUAUAUGUGUGUGAUUUCUGACUAAGAAAGCUUUUGAAUCUGUUCAAAAGUACAUUAUUGUCUUGCUUCCUGGCAUAUGAUAUACUGUCAUUCUGUCACAUCUGUUUAUUAAAAAAGAAGAAA